AUGGGAAAGGGGGGGGAGGAGACGACUGGAAACCCGCCGCCCCAUGCAGAGUGUCCCAAAAGCUCACUUCCUGGGAAGGUUGGUACCUGCUACCUAGUAGGCAUGUAGGUCAGACAACCUGAACGACCAACAGCAUAUGCAGAAGAGUGGCGGGGACUGGGAAGGGGGGAAAGGGGGAGAGCGCGACGAAAGCACGUACCCAGCGAUCAUCAUCUUGCUCCAUUUCAUGCACGGCAAUCAGCAGACGGGUCUGGUUUGGCAUUUGGCUUCUCGGAAGAUCCAACUCUUGUCAUCCCUGGUGCUUGAAGAAUGGGCCUUCUGGGAACCCCUGACCUGGCAUGGGCUAGCCAUAUCACUGGGACAGUGGGAAUCCGGCAUCUGCAAGUGGGAGGAUGGGGAUGCUGGUGGAAAUGGCCACAUGCAUCAGCCAGCAGGUGGUCCUGUCUCCAGGCAGAAUGGCGGCGGAUUUCCUAGUCAAAUUGCGCUGCCACACCCUCGGGCGCAGGCGAGCAGGACGAUCGAUGGAAGGCAGGCCAGAGUCGAGGACGUGCAAACCCCUAG